AUGUCCUCUUCACAACCAAGCAAUUCAUCUGUAUCCUCUUCUUCUCCAUCUUCAACAUGGAAAGGAUGGUUCAAUCAAAAGUUUUGUGAGGGUCUUGUUUUGCUGGACAUUGUUUGGUAUCAAGUGAUGCACAUUCCGUGGUUUUUGAGGAAUGAACUCAAUUUAAUUUCCCAUAUUGAUGAAUAUCAUGAUCAUGAUGAAAAGAAAAAUCGAUUGAAAUAUUGGCUAUUGAAAGGUUUUGGACAAGUGGUGAGAAAAUUAAAGAGAUUUCUCUAUGGAAAGGAUCAUGAGAAGAAUUUCUAUUUGAAUUAUGGAAUUAGAUAUGCCAAUCAGAGAAGGAGACAAACUGUGCAUGAGUAUAUUCCAUUUAAACCAGAUCAAAGUAAUAGAGUUUAUAUAUUCUUGCAUGGUGGAACGUGGCAUAGUGGAUCUGCUGAUUUGUAUCAUCGAUUUGCUAGUUUCGUAUCUGGACAAAAGAAUCAUGCAUGUUAUAAUUUGAAUUAUAGUUUAUUUCCACAAGUUCAUUUGGAGGAAAUGAUUGAGGAUGUAGAUAGGGGUGUUAAUUAUGUUAUUGAACGUGUGAAUGAAAAAAUGGAUAAUCCAGAAAUUAUUCUUGUUGGACACAGUGCUGGAGCUCAUUUAUUUUCACUCAUUUCACUUAAUAAGAUUUACAAUAAUUUCAAUUUUGAAAAGACGAAUUGGAAACUUGAACAAGUUAAAAAAUUAGUUCUCCUUUGUGGAGUUUAUGAUAUGGCCACUCACUACGAAUACGAAAAGACAAGAAAGGUUCAUGAUAUUUCACCAAUGUGGAAGAUUUGUAAAGGCACUCAUAGAUUCCCUCUCUUUUCACCAACCUUAAUCAUUCGUUCGAAUAAUGUGGCCAAUCCAGAAUCUGUCAGUAAAUGGCCAUCCACUUCAAUUGCUCAUGGAAAAAAGGAUGUAACAUGUCCAUGGAUUCAAUCUCAAGUUUUCCAUCAGGAAUUAUCUGCACUGUGUCCAAACUCUGUCAUUCAACUUCAUCCAUUGGAGCAAUUCUUCCACGGUGAUUUGAUAACAAACUUUAUGGGAAUUGAAAGAGAUUUCGAUAAGAGAGAUCAAAUUUGGAAAAUUAUCAAUUCUUCCCUUCAAUAA